AUGUCGCUGAAAAGGAAAGGCUCACCAACUUCCGAAGGGUCAACUGCUCCGGCGCAGAAACGCCCUACCAUGCUGCCUCCAGCGAACACGCGUAUCGACCCAGUCCACUGCCUCCCUUACGACUGUGUUGCCAUCAUUUUCCGAUAUCUGGAUGUCCCAGAUAUUGUUCGAUGCCAAAUUCUCAGCAGAAAAUGGAAUAGUCUAGUCCACACGUGGAUAGAGAAUACCGGGCUCCGUUUGCACUUUCCCACCGCGCUUGCUCCUCCUAAAAUCCCCGGGAAUAUGACCAAAGUGCAAUAUUUCAACAACUCCGCAGCAAUACUCUCUGGGAGGCCAGUUGCUGUUCACCAUAUUCGUGCACUGUAUAACCAGGGAGCAGUUGCGAUCUCAAACCCUCUAAUUGCCUGGCGAUCCAAGAUACACAUCUACUGGAAGGACCUAACACAUAAGGAGGAUGGUUCAGUGCGACGAGCCCGGCGGUUCAAGCCGCAGAGUGAUUUAGAGGUUAGAGAUGACAACUUCCUAAAGUUGAUAAUAAGUGCAGACGGCUAUAUCCUGAUCAGAACGCAGAGUGAGCGUUGCUGGUUUAGGCCAUCCAUCGCCACGGACUAUCUCCUUGUUCUGAAAACGGGCGCCGAGUUAUGGAGGCGGCGAAGCGACAUCAGCCACCCAUGGGAAGAUCAUGGGUUCAAGGAGUGUCCACUGGCUUUUGGUUCGGAUAGGCUGUACUACGUCUCCAUCCAGAAGGUCGGACAGGCCUACACUGAGUAUCUCAUGGCCAUUGACACUCAAUCCGGCAACCGCCUGUACAGAACUCAACUAGAUCAUACCGGGCAUCUACUGAGGCAGCACGUGUGCUUCUGGCGGUCCCCAAGGCUCGCCUGGUUCCGAGACUACACAGCCGUGGUGGAGGUCGGUGGCCGGGAAGCGCUCAUUGCAAUUGGGUUCAAAGGCUGCGCUGACCCGUGGUCACCUCGAUACUGUCCACCGAGCAGCGGCAUUUUGGUCUUCGACGGCGAAACUGGACGCAGAACGCAGGAAAUCGACAUGCACAUGGACAUGGACGUGAACCGGGACAGCGAAAGGGACAGCGAUGCAUACAUUGUGACAUCCAACGUCCCAGGGGCGUUCGCCAUCAUAAGCCACCCUGUCUCCGAGCGGAAACCGUUGAAGAUCAACGUAUACACGGCAGGCCCCAAUGGCAAAUUCAACCUCCAACGUUCCAACAUACUUGCCUGGGACGGCCCGGUGAACGCCAUCGCCAUUGACCCCUUCCAACAUCUCUACUCAUCAAUUGGCGCUCUCGGACCUGAUGUCUUGCUUGGGCUUCGGAUCGGGACUCUUGCGUCGUCCCCCGCUGAUGAGGCGCUGGCAGAUGCCCUUGAAGGUCUUUCUAUAGUCCCAACACCCACUCUAUUUCCCGUUCCCCAUAAUCCGAUAUUCUGUCGUAGCAAGGAAGGGGCUUUCAUCCAGCGAAAACUCCCCCCCUGGUCUUCAGGCCGAGAGAGGUGGUCUAACUCAUGUCCAAUGAAGUUCGUAGGACCAAACAGGCUCGUUAUCUAUCUGGGAUGGACAGGUUCCGCGGGCCAGUACGAACACUAUGUUUUUGACUUCGGUUCGAGACAUCGUGCAUCGCUGAGCGGGCCCGGCAGGCAGUCUUGA